AUGGAUUGUCACAUCUCCAUCCUCCUCCUUCUCAUCUGCUCUGCCCUCAGCUGCUUUGGGGAACUGAUUCUCCAUCCUACCAACGAAGUUAAUCUGCUGGAUUCAAAAGCAAUUCAAGGGGAGCUGGGCUGGAUCUCCUACCCAUCACAUGGGUGGGAAGAAAUUAGUGGAGUUGAUGAACAUUAUACACCAAUCAGAACUUACCAGGUAUGCAAUGUUAUGGAUCACAGUCAGAACAACUGGCUGAGAACAAACUGGAUUCCACGCAACUCAGCUCAGAAAAUCUAUGUGGAGCUCAAGUUUACCUUGAGGGACUGUAAUAGCAUCCCUCUGGUUCUGGGCACUUGCAAAGAGACCUUCAAUCUCUAUUAUAUGGAGUCUGAUGAUGACCAUUCGGUCAAGUUCAGAGAACAUCAGUUUACAAAGAUUGACACCAUUGCAGCUGAUGAGAGCUUCACUCAAAUGGAUCUUGGGGAUCGAAUUCUCAAGCUCAAUACUGAAGUUCGUGAGGUGGGACCUGUCAGCAGGAAAGGUUUUUACCUGGCUUUUCAAGAUGUGGGUGCAUGUGUUGCCUUAGUAUCAGUGAGAGUGUACUUCAAGAAGUGCCCUUUCACUGUAAAAAACCUGGCCAUGUUUCCAGAUACAGUACCUAUGGACUCACAGUCAUUGGUGGAAGUGCAAGGUUCUUGUGUCAAUCACUCCAAGGAGGAAGACCCACCCAAGAUGUAUUGCAGUACAGAAGGCGAAUGGCUAGUGCCCAUCGGAAAGUGUUUGUGUAAUGCUGGCUAUGAAGAAAGAGGCUAUGAAUGCCAAGCAUGCCGACCUGGGUUCUACAAGGCCUUUGCUGGUAAUGUGAAGUGUGCCAAAUGCCCACCUCACAGCUCUACCUACGAAGAUGGUUCUGUGAACUGCAGGUGUGAGAAGAAUUACUUUCGAUCUGAGAGAGACCCUCCAUCCAUGGCUUGCACCAGACCUCCAUCUGCACCAAGAAACGUUAUCUCUAAUAUCAACGAGACAUCAGUUAUCCUAGAUUGGAGCUGGCCCCUUGACGCAGGAGGCCGGAAAGAUGUCACCUUCAACAUCAUUUGCAAAAAAUGUGGGGGAAACAUCAAGUUGUGUGAACCGUGUAGCGCCAACGUGCGCUUCUUACCCCGUCAGAUUGGACUCACCAACACCACGGUGACCGUAGUAGACCUCCUGGCACACACCAACUACACGUUUGAGAUUGAUGCAGUCAAUGGGGUGUCCGACUUGAGUACAUUCUCAAGGCAAUUUGCCGCAGUCAGCAUCACAACUAAUCAGGCUGCCCCAUCCCCCAUCACAAUAAUUAGGAAAGACCGGACAUCCCGAAAUAGUGUCUCUCUGUCUUGGCAAGAACCCGAGCAGCCUAACGGCAUCAUCUUGGACUACGAGGUCAAGUACUACGAAAAGCAGGAACAAGAGACAAGUUAUACUAUUCUGAGAGCGAGAGGCACCAACGUUACCAUCAGUGGCCUCAAACCUGAUAGCACCUACGUCUUCCAAAUCCGAGCCCGGACAGCAGCUGGAUAUGGAACAAACAGCCGCAAAUUUGAGUUUGAAACCAGUCCAGAUUCAUUCUCCAUCUCCAGCGAAAAUAGCCAGGUUGUAAUGAUUGCCAUUUCAGCUGCCGUAGCAAUUAUUCUCCUCACAGUCGUGGUGUACGUCCUGAUUGGGAGAUUCUGUGGCUAUAACAAAUCUAAACAUGGUGCUGAUGAGAAGAGGCUGCAUUUUGGUAAUGGACAUUUAAAACUCCCAGGUCUCAGAACUUAUGUAGAUCCACAUACGUACGAGGACCCCAAUCAGGCUGUCCAUGAAUUUGCCAAGGAACUAGACGCUACCAGUAUAUCAAUUGAUAAAGUUGUCGGAGCAGGUGAAUUUGGAGAAGUGUGCAGUGGGCGCCUCAAGCUUCCUUCUAAAAAGGAAAUUUCAGUGGCAAUCAAAACCCUGAAAGUUGGCUACACCGAAAAGCAGAGAAGAGAUUUCUUGGGGGAGGCGAGCAUCAUGGGACAGUUUGACCAUCCUAACAUCAUUCGUCUCGAGGGAGUUGUCACCAAAAGUAAACCAGUUAUGAUUGUUACUGAGUAUAUGGAGAAUGGCUCUCUGGACAGCUUCCUUCGAAAACAUGAUGCUCAGUUCACAGUCAUCCAGCUAGUGGGCAUGCUACGAGGGAUAGCAUCUGGCAUGAAGUACUUGUCAGAUAUGGGUUAUGUCCAUCGUGACCUAGCUGCCCGUAACAUCCUCAUCAAUAGUAAUCUGGUGUGCAAAGUCUCGGAUUUUGGCCUCUCUCGUGUAUUGGAGGAUGACCCAGAAGCUGCUUACACAACCAGAGGUGGGAAGAUUCCAAUCCGAUGGACAUCGCCAGAAGCCAUUGCAUACCGCAAGUUCACAUCAGCCAGUGAUGCAUGGAGCUAUGGGAUUGUCCUCUGGGAGGUGAUGUCCUAUGGAGAGAGACCGUACUGGGAGAUGUCCAAUCAGGACGUAAUCAAGGCUGUGGAUGAAGGGUACCGCUUACCACCUCCUAUGGACUGCUCAGCUGCCUUGUAUCAGUUGAUGCUGGACUGUUGGCAGAAAGACAGAAACAACAGACCCAAGUUUGAGCAGAUUGUCAGCAUCCUGGACAAGCUGAUCCGUAAUCCCAGCAGUCUGAAAAUAAUCACCAAUGCGGCUGCAAGGCCAUCAAAUCUUCUCCUGGACCAAAGCAACAUUGACAUCUCAGCCUUCCGCACGACAGAUGACUGGCUCAACGGGUUUCGGACAGGACAGUGCAAGGACAUCUUCACAGGGGUGGAAUACAGUUCAUGUGACACAAUAGCCAAGAUUUCCAUAGAUGAUAUGAAGAAGGUUGGUGUUACUGUUGUUGGGCCUCAGAAGAAGAUUAUUAGCAGUAUUAAAGCGCUAGAAAAUCAUACAAAGAAUGGCCCUGUUCCUGUGUAA